AUGGCACCACCGAAGUCGCUUCUACCUCUCCUUGCGGCAGUACCCUAUGCUUCCGCUUGGGGCUCCCUCGGUCACACCGCAGUGGCAUACAUGGCACAGAACCUCGUCUCCCACAAGACGGCCAAGUUUGCGCAGACCCUCCUGAACGACACCUCAUCCGCAUAUCUCGCCAAUGUGGCUACCUGGGCUGAUAGCUUCCGCUCUGAACCGGAAGGGAAGUUCAGUUCUGUUCUCCACUACAUCGAUGCGCUCGACAACCCGCCUGAGAGCUGCAACAUCGACUACGAGCGUGACUGUCCUGAGGAGGGUUGCAUCGUUUCCGCCAUCGCCAACUACUCCAGCCGCGCCUUCCAGAAGUCGGUUGGCAUCGUCGAACAGCAAAGAGCCCUGAAAUGGGUCAUCCACUUCGUCGGCGAUGUUCACCAGCCACUCCACGUGGAGAAUAUCGCCGUAGGUGGUAACCUCAUCAACGUCACCUUCAAUGGCGCGCGGACGAACCUGCAUUCCAUCUGGGAUACAGCAAUCCCGCAAAAGGCCUACGGCAACUUCUCACAAGCCAAUGCAUUGGCCCUAGCCAACAACCUCACCGCGGAAGUGAAGCAUGGCAAGUUCAAGAAGGAGAGCAAGACGUGGCUCAAGGGACUGAAGGCGAAGGAUGCCGUCAGCAGCUCCAUGACUUGGGCGCGUGACGCCAACAAGUUCGUGUGCUCCACUGUCAUUCCCAACGGCCCUGAUGCAGUGUUCGCGCAAGAGCUGUCAGGAGCCUACUGGGACACUGCUAUUCCUGUCGUUACGAAGCAACUCGCAAAGGCGGGGUACAGACUUGCCGCGUGGCUGGAUGCUCUCGUCGAACUCAACGAGAAGAAGGGUCAUGGAAAGUGGGAACGGGAGACGAAGCGGGCGGUCACCCUACAGCCAUGGCAGGAGGAAGCGAGACAGGCCCGACGCGAAUUUGGGCCUGACUGCGGUUGCGGCGAGGAUCAUGCACACUAG